AUGAAGGAAAUAUGUGCUUCAGUUCAGCUGGAUACAGGCUAUGGGCUGGACAGCAUUCAUGAAUCUUGUGAUCCAGUGGAAGCUGUAAGGAAAUCUGAAGCAAUAUUUGUAGGAGGUGGCAACACAUUUCGUCUCUUGAAAGCUCUCUAUGACAACAGUUUGAUACAGGAGAUCAGGAAAAGAGUCCUUGAGGAUGGAGUUCCCUACGUGGGAUCCAGUGCAGGAACUAAUGUUGCUACCAUCAGCAUCAAUACAACGAACGACAUGCCAAUUGUUUACCCACCUUCCCUCCAGGCCCUGGGUUUAGUUCCUUUUAACAUCAACCCUCACUACCUGGAUCCAGAUCCUAGAAGCACUCACAUGGGUGAGACAAGAGAAGAAAGAAUUCUCCAAUAUCAUGAAGAACCAAACACCCCUCCAGUUCUGGGGCUGCGGGAAGGUGCAAUGCUGCUAGUGGAAGGAGACAAAGCCACGUUGCAAGGCGUGACAGGAGCACGGCUGUUUCUGAGGGGUAAGAAACCAACUGAACACGAACCUGGAACAGAUUUCAGCUUCCUCCUGACUGACAGAGAUCUCCAAAGGCUGUAG